GAUAUAGUGAAUGCAGGGUCCGGGGAGACCGUAUAUAGUGAAUGCAGGGUCCGGGGAGACCCGUAUAUAGUGAAUGCAGGGUCCGGGGAGACCAGAUAUAGUGAAUGCAGGGUCCGGGGAGACCAGAUAUAGUGAAUGCAGGGUCCGGGGAGACUGGAUAUAGUGAAUGCAGGGUCCAGGGUUUAGUAACACUUUAAGUGGUUGCAACGCGUUACCGCAAUGCAAUAGUGUGAAUGGAACCUAAAGGAAGAAGAAUACUUAAGUGCCUGG